AUGGACUCUGUUAUUGGAACAAAACCAUAUAUGAAACCAAUUGCUACUGUUUCUUCCACAGGUGUUAAAAAUUAUUCAACAAAUAAUGAAACAGUUUCAAAUGUUGCUUCUGAAACAUUAAGCAGUGAACCGCCGAGAAAAAAAUUAAGACAAAUACCAACUGUGGAUAAAGUUGUUUUAGCUAUUCAACAAAAUAAAACAAUAGAUGAAGAAAACAGGGAAAGAAGACAUAGGGAAAAAAUGGAACAAAAGAGAGAGGCUCUUGAUUUAUUAUCAAGAUUGGUUACGGCUCUGGAGAAGUAA